GCCAGAGAUAAAGGAAACGUCAAUUGGUGAUUGAGAUUAGAGAAGCACAGCAGACAGCUCUAGAGUUUUCCUAGGAUAAAAGCGAGCAACCAAUUUUAUGAGUGAGCCAAGACAGGGUAUGGCCUCGAACGGAGGCGUGGGUGGAGCCCCCCUCGUUCCAUUAUCAAUCACCCCAUCGGUCGGUGAAAGUGGUGAACCAGGUUCUGGCAGAGAUCGCACAAGAGAGAUGCAGGAACAGCUGAAGAGCACGACCUCAUCGGUUCCGCCGAUUCCACCGAGGGUGUCAACACGUAACGUGAGUGCGCAAUUGAGAAACUCCCGUACGGCUUCGUUGAUAAUACCUGUGAUGGCAUCGUCGCCGAGCGAUGACGGGAACGAAGACGAUGAGAAGGACGAUAUCGUCGACUUGAGAGUCAGGGUUGGGGACGGUCGAAAAGAAGAGGCGGUGCCCGACUCCCCGGCCUUGCCAAUGCGUCCGCCACGCACACCAACGAGACCGUCGAACGAGUUCCAGCCAGAGACGUUGGACAUGUACGGAAUGGAUCGGAUCAAGGGCUCGGAAUUCUCUCCAAUCACAGAGAGACGCUCCAGAAAGAGCUUUGCAUCGUCGGAGCAUGGAAACUCUACAAGCGGUGAUGCUGAGGAGCCAUUUUUGGUCCUCAAGGAGCGAUACCUCAUCCAGAGCCGUAAAUAUCAGGUGGACUACGUCGUGAACAUGCUCACCAAAUCGAAUCUGACCGUGUCCAGCAGCGUCUAUUUUAAAAAGCUGCACAGCUCGAACGACUACAUUGAAGUGCUGAGCGAGAUCCGCACGGGCAGUUUUGAUACGGGGAACCUUCCAAUCUUGUACUCCUUACUUCUUAACUCGUUGAAGCUGAAGGAAAACUCGUUUCAGGUUAGGCAUGACACGUUCGACAAUGAAACUGAGGCCAAGUUUGACGCUACGAUUGAUGGCUUGUCUCCUCUUUUGCGCUCCACGCCACAGCAGAAACAGCAAUUCAAGAAUGAUCUGAUGAAGGUGUACUCACUGCUAACGGUUACCAACAAGAUGCCUUCCGAGGAGCCCGAAGAAAAUAAGGUGCAGCAGACCAUUGAACCAAACGCUUUUGUGGCAGCAUUUGUUUACAGGUGUGCGUCCCAUAACAUCUUAGCUCAAGCGGUGAUAGUAGCAUUGCUGAUUGACGAGUUCAUUGUGAAACCAAACGAGAGGUCACGCGAGUUCCACUUUCUACUUUUACGUUCCAUCGAGGCGGUCGACCAGGAGAAACUCCUUGCAGAGUCGGAGAAAACCAACCCGGUGGCGUAUGUCAUGAAACUUAUAAGUUCGAGCAAGUUCUGGUGUAAUUUGGUGUUACUUUUGUUCAAAAAUGACAUUUCCACGGCCAACCACCCCUUAGGACUAACAAACGUCUUACACAGAUUUGUCAUCUACGGUGUGAACUCACUCGUGGAAGUGAUUGUGAAUCUCAGAUAUGAGCUGGGGAUCUUCCAGCCUGCAGAUGACUCAGACGCCGCUGAUGCUAAGAAGGACAACUGCGAUUUGCUGCGCUUCCACAGAGAGUUCCUGAUACUCAACGACUCUGCUGCCUCUCAGCUGGUGAGCUACUCACUCGAACAUCUUUCUACUAAAAACCAGGAGCUCCAAGCGACCUUGGUAGAAAGACAGAAGGCGUACAACGAACUGCUGCACAACUACAAGCAGCUUAACGAAGAAAAAAUAUCUGUUGGCGGACAGACAGAGAAGGCCCGUGGCGAGAAUGCAACUUUAAGUGCAGAGAAACGUUCCCUCAACGCCCAGGUGGAACAGGCAUUGGGCCAGUUCGACGUGAUUAGGCAGACUAUGGAGAAAAACAAACGUGUCCAGGAACUCAAUGACAGCAUGUCCAAAGAAAUUGACCGCCUUACGAAGGAAAACCAAAGGCUGCGUAAGUAGCUCUGGCACCUUUAUAUACGUUGUCUAGUAAUGUAAUAACCAUUUCAUG